GAGGUGGGGUGACUUCGAGGUCUAUGAGUCGCCAUCAACCGGGCAUGUUGUACGCACUGGGCAUGCCGGACUAAUAGAGUCGUCAGAGAGCUUCCACGGAAGGGAUUCAGGCUUCAUGUCAUUCGCAAGUGAACUCAAAGGGCACAGUAUGGCAUGAGAAGACGAGAUAGACACAACGGGGGAUGACAACGAAGAGAUGACGGCGGGUGGAACACCACCAAGGAAUGAGCGUCCUUUGGCUGAGAUGACUGCCUGCACCGCUCCUCCAGGCACUCCAAUACUAACGCACUUCACAGGGGACCUGGCAGCGGCAGCGGCAACUGCAACAGCCACAAGAAAACAGGGAGCGCAUAAGCAUGCAGCUGCGUGUGAACCUGCCCAUUCCAAGUGUGGUGACCGUACGCCUGUCACUCAGCCCCCGAGCUUCGUGCAACUACAGCAAGAAAACGAGGCUUAAAAAAAACGCUGGUGGGAGUCACAGGCGAGGGCAACCAGAAUCGCGGGUCACCAUGGUGCGAAGCCACAUGGGCAUCGGCGCCACAAGGCACGUCGGCUGCACACCUCACCAACUCGGGAUGAUGGUGCUGGCACACAUCAGCAGCCAACGAAUCUCAACCAUUGUUCAAUGCCGGCCGCUGUAGCGAGGGCAGUCGAUUGUGAGCUGCAUCGUCGGGGUGGCACUCAUUGGCAGUGGGAUGUCAACAGGAUGCGCACUGAAUGGCCUGACAGGAUGGAAUCCGCUCUAAAGACCAUACCCUAUGUGUACUCAGGAUUUAAGGUGUGUAGUUACGCUACUUCUUGACUCCGGUUUCCACACAUGUGGCUGUUGUGUUACAUGUGGAUGCAGCUUUUGGUGUCAUCUUCCACCUUGCCACCAGCACCUGCCCUCUUGCACCUUGCCUCCGAACUUGCUUUGGCCGUCGAAUGAGAGCAAUACGACGCCUGUGGCGUAUGUGUUUGGGAGACUUCGGCGGGAUUUGGGGAAUCCGACCUGCAAAAUCAAAUGUGAAGCAUAGGUGAUGCUCAUACCCUGUACACACCGUCCUCUUAUUUGAC